CGUCGAUGUGGUUUGAAGUCCCGAUUAAACCCAUCAUUUGACAUCCCGGGCUGAUCUCGACAUUUUGCUUUCGCUGCCUGCACGGAAGCAUUGCAGAAUACGAUACUAAACAGUCGUGUGUGCCCAGAUCCAUUGGAUACCUUAUUUGGGCAACUACGUAUUCCGCCUCGGGGAAGUAGAAAGAAAGGGGGAUUGGUUGGCUGCUGAUGAAUUAGACAGAUAAGGAUACCGGGUGAAGUAAAUACUGGAAGAUUUUGUAAAGAGGAUAUAACGCACUGUGAUUCGGUGAGGGGACGGUUUUGCAUUUAAAUACAGGGCCAUUUUACGAACAUUUGAAGCAAGUUGAUACCAUGGUGAUGUAUCAAGUAAUGAACAACAGUUUGCUAAUUUUACUUGCAAUAUUAUUAAUCAAGUCGAUAUGCCAAGAUAGCGCAUGGACAGUUGCGGCUGGAGAAGGCGUGGGCGAGGAAGACGAAACAGCUGAUGAUGACACUGUGAUGCCACCACAACAGUUUGUGCCCCCACUAGAUGGACUACCACCCUGGAGAACUGAUGAUGAAGAAGACGGCGGUGGUAACGGUGACGGCAUGCCCCCUCCAAGAACAAGUGGAACAUCCUCUCCAAUGGAAACUUGGUCGGCAGCCAUUACUAAUGCUACUUCGUUCAGCAAUAAUACUACUACCCCUAAAGAUGUUUGGAAUGAAGGAGAUGGGACCGCUGGAUCAGGGUUAUCGAGGUACCAUUUACACUGUGUAUGGAUGAUUGCAAUACCAAUGAGCGUCCUCGUGUCGAUGACGUCACUGCAUCUCUAG